CUUGUUACUAGGAUCUUUGACUAGGCAGUCUUAAACAUUCCACCAAUCCCAAAGUUUAGCCAUCUUGCAGUAGGUUAAGUGCAGAGGAGUGAAAUUUGUUGGCGAACGGUGACAAGCUUCUAUCAUCGACGAGAAAAAAAAUGACAGGUCAGUUGCGAGAUUCAGAUACAACACAACUAGAACAGUGGAUCGGUCAAGGGCAAACACAGUUUACCCUGUUGUACAGUGCGACCCUUGAUGGUUGUACGUCACAAACGUUCCAUGCAAAAUGCGACCACCAGGGCGCCACAGUCACCGUGGUGUACAAUGAGGUGGGAUCCGUUUUCGGUGGUUAUACCUCUGCGAGCUGGGCGGCUGGCAUUGGUGCUACACGAGACGACAAGGCCUUCUUGUUCCAACUGAAAUUCUCCGAUAAAGAUAAGUUUCAAAAAUUUCCAGUUUCAAAUGCCACGUACAGCAUUUUUUCAAAUGCAAGUUUUGGACCCAUGUUUGGUUCGAAUAGCGCAUGUGAUAUGAGCCUAUUCUCCGGCACUCUAAAUAGCAGCGGCGGAUUCUUUCAGUUGAACGGCAAUUUUUCAUUUGGUACCAACUACACGAUGUCUGGGGUAUCAAACUGGAAUGAAAUACAUAACGGAAACCUGAAAAUUAAAGAACUUGAAGUAUACAGUGUAGCAGUUAAACCUCCAUGGGCAGUACAGCAGGAAUGGCGAAAAGUACCGGAAUGGAAUAAGAAGCUGGUGCAGGAGCUCAUUCAAGAGGUUCAGUCGAUCAAACCGAGGCAUAGUUUGAUCCAAGAUUAUCGCAUCGUCCUGAUUGGCCCAGUCGGUUCCGGGAAAUCGAGUUUAUGCAACACGAUCAACUCAGUGUUCAAGGGUAGAAUCACACAUAUGGCUCUUUGUGGGGAAGGAAGACAUAGCGUCACCAAAUCCUACCAGCCAUACGUAUUCAAAUCAACACGAGGCAAAGCCCUUCAAGCGCGCAUAUGUGACACGAGGGGGCUGGAACCUGAUUUGGGUAUUGACACCAUGGAGUUCAACUUUUUGUUGGAUGGUCAUAUUCCAGAAAACUAUCAGUUUCAACCUGAAAAACCGAUUUCUUUUGACGAUCCGGCGUUUGUGACGAAGCCAGAAUUAAACAACAAGGUUCAUUGUGUAGUCUUUGUUCUGGAUGUAUCUUCGCUACUAAAGCUUGACCCAGAAACGCUGGCAAAAAUCAAAAGUUUCCGGGCUCUUACAAUGCGGAAAGGAAUACCUCAAGCGAUUAUCUUGACGAAAAUCGACCUGAUAGACAAAUUUGUCGCCCGGAACUUAGAGACGGUAUAUUCGAGCUCUGUAAUUGCGAAAACAGUGCAAAAUGUCUGCGAUAUGUUCGGCUUCCCAAUGCACCACGUGUUUCCUGUAAAGAACUACGGAGAUGAGUUGAUGCUGUAUGACGGGUUGAACUUCCUGACACUCUUUGCGUUGAGACAGAUCAUGUACUUGGCUGAGGAUCAUAUUGAAAAUCAAACAACUGACAGCAUUGAUUGUCCUGAUAAAGAAAAGGGACACGAUUUAGAAUCUGCUUCAGAAACCAUUUAAUUCGGAAGCUGGGGUUAUUACAUUCAAGUAUUAUUGUGCAUGACUUGCACAUACACAGUUUUCCAAAUUCAAUUUGAUUAAUGAUAAUGUAACGAUUUACAACGCGUACGUAUUUGAAUUAUGACUGUUAGAAUUCAUUCUCAAGUGUCUUGUGUCUUGUAUAUUUGCGUCUAUGAACUGCUAUGAAUUUAUUUGUUUUUAAUAAUGGGAUUAAUAUGCAUUUGGUCAUUGAGAAAUGGUUAAGCCUUUUUUACGGUUAAGGAAUAAACUAGUAACUGGUUUUUACUGAGGAUAUGUACUAUCUGCAACGAACUAUGACCUACUAUUUGCAUUGCUCUUUUCAUUUCUUUUUAUACAAUAUGCUGACCGUGUGUCAUUGAUUAUUAUAAUAUAUUAUUGUCAUUUAAAUGAAUACGUCGUCUAUUUUAUUGCAAUUUAAUUGUUAUCAUAUUUGGUUCCACAAAUAAUUCACGUUCAUUUUGUUAUGUUAUUAUGAAUUAAUUGCCAAGUUUGAGGUUUUACGAGCCUUUAUACCGGGUUUCAAAUGUAUUUGCAUUGACAGGUUAAAUGUGGUUACCCUAGUUGUAAUCGUAUGCGUAAUAUUUUGUGGAAUACAUUUUCUUUUGUGUUCAGACAAUUGGUCACUUAUGUUUUAAGUAAAAGACUAGCGAAUGGUUAUAAGAAUGAGUCUCUUUGUAUGGUUGCUACAUUAUUAUUUAUUAUAAAUUUAACAAUGCAUUAUGCCGUAAUGAUGCGUUUAAGGUAAAGAUGAUGUUAAUUACCAUGUAUAACAGUGCCAUGCUUUUUUAUCUAAGAAUUAUAAUGCAAAUUGUGAGUUUAUCUGAGUUUAACAGUAAUAAUUCACGGUUUGAUGACCAAAAAUAACAAUGUCAUUUGAAAUCAAUCCUGUUUGAACGAAUGUAUUAUUAUAUAUUCUAAUAAAAUCGUGUUGUUUUUUCACAA